ACCCCCAGCCUCCGCAACACUGUAUUAUAAUUCUUUUUGUUUUUUUAAUAUCUAUUAUAUAGUUUUCGUUUUGGUUCGUUAGAAGAGGAGGAGGUUAGUUGCACAGAUUUACUAGUUUCUUGACUUAACAUUAAUUCCAUGGCUUCUGCAAAGAAAGACAUGGAUCGGAUUAAAGGUCCAUGGAGCCUCGAAGAGGACGAGGCUUUGAAGAAGCUGGUUCAGACUUACGGGCCUAGAAACUGGUCUCUGAUCAGCAAAUCAAUUCCGGGACGAUCCGGGAAGUCAUGCCGGUUGCGGUGGUGCAACCAGCUGUCCCCGGAGGUAGAACACAGGCCUUUCACUACGGAGGAAGACGACGCUAUCAUCAGAGCGCAUGCAAGGUUUGGUAACAAGUGGGCCACCAUAUCUCGCCUUCUCAAUGGCCGCACCGACAACGCCAUUAAGAACCACUGGAAUUCCACCCUCAAGAGGAAAUGCUCCGUCAUCAACGAUGCUCACACUGACCACCAGCCUCUCAAAAGAUCCGCCAGUACCGGUGCGGGCACUGUCUCGGGUUUGUACUUGACUCCGAACAGCCCAUCCGGAUCCGAUUUGAGCGAUUCAAGUUUACACGUUAUGUCUCCGACUCCGACGGAGGUUUUAAGACCGCUUGCGAGGAGUGUAACCCUGUUUCCCUCUCCUUCAACCCAUCCUUUGGAAACUGCUUCUUCGGCCCCUGAUCCACCCACGUCACUCAGCUUAUCUCUGCCCGGAUCCGAUUCCUGCGGGUCUGGGCUUAACCAGGAGAUCCAGCCAGCGCAGAGAAGUCAGGAGGGCGAGAAAUUUAGUUACGAGAAGCAGUUGUCCAGCGCGGAGUUCUUGGCGUUGAUGCAAGAGAUGAUUCGAAUGGAAGUGACGAAUUACAUGUCUGGAGUUGAGCAUAAUGGUUUGUGUAUGCAGACCGAAGACAUUAGAAACGCUGUGGUCAAGCGUAUGAGAAUUGGCAGGGUCGAGUAGACCACCGAAGCCAAACUAGAGUAUGAAUUGCAGAGUAGACAAAUGGUCUUUGUUUCACUUUUUUUCAUUAGUUCAAUUCCCCUUUCCUUUACACCAAAGAAGAAAAAAUGUGAUGAUAAUUUUUGUACUGCACAGAUGAGUAUAAGGGAGUUUCAGAAAGCGAGCAUUUCAAAUCCAAUCUCAAAUGAGAGCGAAAAUGGAGACAAAAAAACAAUGGUUUCUGUUUGUGGCAGAGAUUGGA